CUGCGCGGAGCCGCGGUAGAGCCCGGGGCUCGCACCCCCGGCCGCGCCCGUGCCCGGACCCCCGGGCGGAGAGAGGGCUGGGUGGUCCCGGCGGGGCCGAGAGCGGCCGGGGCCGACCCCGGGCGGAGGAAGGGCGGGGUGAGGAUGGCGUGUGGCACUGGAAACGCGGCCAAGCGCCGCUGCCGGGGCUCCGCGUGCCGCUGCGGGGCGGGGGGAGCCCCGCAGGGCCGGCCCGCAGAGCUGCCGCCGCCGCUCGCCAUGAGCCGCUCCCGGAGCAGCGCCUCCCUACGUAGGCAAUAGCUUGCUUGAUGGACAUGAAUGCGUUGUUGGACAGAUUUCACAAUUACAUCCUACCGCAUCUGAGAGGGGAGGACCGAGUUUGUCACUGCAACUGUGGAAGGCAUCACAUCCAUUAUGUCAUCCCUUAUGACGGGGACCAGUCAGUGGUGGACUCCUCGGAGAAUUACUUUGUGACUGACAAUGUAACCAAGCAGGAGAUUGAUCUGAUGCUGGGACUUUUGCUGGGCUUUUGUAUAAGCUGGUUCCUGGUGUGGAUGGACGGGGUUCUCCACUAUGCUGUGCGCGCCUGGAGGACCAGCCGACGGUAUGACAACUCCUGGUCUUGGAUUCCGAAAUUUUGUAACUUGAAGGAGUUGAGGAAACGUCACCACCGGCAGUACGAGGAGGCCACCGGGAACAUGGUGCACAUCAAACAGAAGCUGUACCACAACGGGCACCCCAGCCCCCGGCACCUCUGAGGAACCCCCACCCUCCAGGGACUGCAGCCAGCUUUUAAAACACACAGGACUCUGCUCUUCCUCCUCGGGAACAGCCUCUUGUUUGUUCCCAAGCCAGCUGAGGACACGGAUUUUAGGGAUCCAUCCCGGGUAUCCAUGGGUGGACACACCACGAUGCACAACUAAGCUAGUCCUGGAUGCUCUGCAGCCAAGACUUUGCACUGUGUUCCACAUUUUAUUGUCAGACUCGUGUAUAUAUGUAAAAAAAAAAACAACAAAAAAAGCAGACAAACAAAAAAAAAAAAAAAAAAAAAAGAGAGAGAGAGAGAGAGAAAAGAGAUUUGCAUUAUACUUUCAAUCCUCCCCACCUUUUCCUGGCAUUCACGGCUGUCCUGCACAUCCUGCUGGGAUUGCUGGCCAAGGGGAUGGAGGUGGGACAACACAAAGAAGAUGCAGAAUGUCUUCUCCAAGAGCUCCAGCCCCAUUUUUUGGUCCUUUGGCUCGGGUUUGCCCUGCUCUGUCCCUUCCGUGGCUUGGCUGGUCACAGGUUUGGAUGGGGACUGGGGAAGCACAGUGUCCCCUUUUGUUUUGCUUUGGUUCAUGUUCUGGGUAGCUGCUGUGGGGGAAGGAAGUGCUGGGAAUGUGUCAGGGGUUUGUUGUUUGCAUUGCUGUCCACUGAAACCUGCCUUAAGCAAUCCAACCUCAGAGCCAGGGGUGUGGGACUGGAAGGGCUCAGCCUGGGCUGAUGCUGCUGCUUUGGUGAUGGCAGGGUUGCUGUCCUUCACUGGAGGAAGAUGGAAUGUGCUAGAUCCAACUCAUAAACACCCUUCUUGCCUGGAAGGGAGCUGCUCUGCCCCUCUUCUUGCAGGGUGAGCCUGCUUAAAACACUCCCAAACCACAGAAUGCAGAGAGGGGGCCCUGGGCAGCCUCAUUCCUGCUGCACAUGAAACUCCCCUUGCUUGUGGGGCUUGGCUUGAGAGACACAGAGAGACUGAAGCCAAACUCCUCUCCAGACAUCACAAAUGUCCCCAAGGUUGAGUCCAAGUGUGAGGAUGCUCCAAUGUGUUUUUGCAUGUGCUUCUCCUGGUAUGUUUUUCGAGGUCUGGAUGGGAUCGAGGCUCUGACAGCAGUGUCCCCAUCCAGAGACCUCCUUUUCUCCCAGGCAGAAGGACC